AUGCAAGUCCCUCUACUCCUGGCUCUUCUCUUUGGGGCAGUUUCUGCUUUUCACCUAAGCACUGAAACUUCCAAAUUUGACAGCGCCUUGGGAGAAGAGAUCCUGCCUCAGGAUGACGAGGUGCCUGAGCAGAAAGCAGAGGUGGAAAGGGGUUCAGGAAGUGAAGACUGCCCUGAGGAAGAAGAGCCCACGGAAUCAGUCUCAGCCCUGGCUGAGGUAGACAGUAACUUUCAGUGCCCUAAGGAAGAGGAUACAGUAAAAUUGGUGGGCAGCCCUGGUUGCAAGACCUGCCGUUUCCUCGUGGUGAAGUGCCCCAGAAGUUUCGAUCAAGCUCAGAUUACUUGCCGGAAUUGCUACAGGGGCAACCUUGUUUCCAUCCACAAUGUCGUCACAAACUUCCAAAUCCAGUGCUCAGUCAGCAGUCUCAACCAGGGCCAAGUCUGGAUUGGAGCCAGAGUCACUGGCUGGGGCCCCUGCCAACGCUUUAGCUGGAUAGAUGGCAGUUGCUGGAAUUUUGCAUACUGGGCAGGGGGCCACCCCUCUGCCUGUGGUGGCCAUUGUGUGUCCCUGUGUACCCGAGGAGGUCAUUGGACCGUAGCUCACUGUGGCGUUCAACUUCCUUUCAUCUGUUCCUACUGA